AUGAAGCUCGACCCAGCCGUAAUUUCCCUCCUCAACCUCGACCCGGAGACAACUUCCGUCUCCAGCGCCGGCGGAGGCGGCAUGUCCAGCGCCUCCACCAGCAAAAUCUCCACCACCCUCCCCGAUGGCUCCAAGAUGAACUACUUCAUGAAGACAGGCAAAGGCGCCGCCGCGGAAAUCAUGUUCAAAGGCGAACACGCUUCCCUAAACGCCAUCCACGACGUAGUCCCAACCCUGUGUCCCAAAUCCUUCGGCCACGGAAAAUUCGAGGAUUCGAAUAAUACUUCUUUCCUCGUGACCGAUUACCUAGAUCUUUCAGGUCGUUCUUCUUCUGCCUCAAGUAAAGGGAUGGCCUUGGCUCAGAAAUUAGCAAAACUCCACACCACUCCAGCCCCAAUCCCCCAGGGCUACGAGAAAGCACAAUUCGGUUUCCCAGCGACGACGUGCUGCGGCGACACCCCACAGGACAAUACUUUCACCUCUUCAUGGGCAGAUUUCUUCGCCAAUCACCGCCUUCGCUCCAUCAUGAAACAGAGUCAGAAAUCCAACGGCGCGGACAUAGAACUCUCCUCCCUCGUGGAAAAGACCUGCACCGAAGUAAUCCCAAACCUCAUCGGCGACCAUCACCUCAACAACGGCAAGGGAGUCACACCCGUAGUCGUUCACGGCGAUCUGUGGAGUGGGAAUGCGAGUACGGGAAAACUGCCCGGAAUGCAGGAGCCUGAAGAAUUGGUAUACGAUUCUUCCGCGUGUUAUGCGCACUCGGAAUUCGAGCUGGGCAUUAUGAAGAUGUUUGGGGGGUUUGGCGGUGGAUUUUUGAAAGAGUACCAUGAUUUGGUACCCAAGACCGAGCCGAAGGAAGAGUACGAGGACCGGGUGAGAUUGUAUGAGUUGUAUCACCACUUGAAUCAUCAUGCGCUGUUUGGAGGAGGUUAUCGGGGCGGUGCGGUUUCGAUUAUGAGCAGUUUGAUCGGCAAGUAUGGCGGGAAGAGCGAGUUGUAA